AUGGCAGAAGUGAAACUGUACGUGCCCCGCCCACAGAUUGUUGAUGGCCCGUCAGACAAGCACCUGACCUGUCUGACCCGGGGCCCUCCGGCCCGAGUGACGUCACUUCGAAAAGAAUCCCAGGACAAGACCAAGGACAGAAAGGCUUCAACAAGCAGUGAGAGUACCGACUCACAUGGUGCGUCAAACAAGUCAAAAUCCACAAAAUCAAGUGUUGAGCCAAAGACAAAUGGUAACCAUACUGCUCCAAAACGAGAUCUGACAGCACCGACAAAAAGUAGCUCUGCUAAGGCAAAACCUGUAGCACCUCCAAAGAAGCCUCUACUGACUCCGUUAAAGAAAGAGAAAUCAGAACCUGUAAAAAAGACAGAGAAACCAUCAAAAAACGGCUCAAAUAAAAAGAAAACCGGUUCAUCGGAAUCUUUACAGGAAGCUGAGUCCAAGCCAGACAAGGGAAAGACAACUCCAUCUAAAGACAAACCAGUAGAAGUAUCAGUUUGUAACAAAACUGAACAGUCUACAUCAGCAUCUCUUUCUUCUCCACCACCAGCGGUCACACCUCCGAGAGAUACUGUCGACCAAUCAAAAGAGUCUUCUCAACUCUCCUCUGCCAUUCAAGCCAAUACCAACAACAGAGAAACUGCCGACCAAUCAAAAGAGUCUUCUCAACUCACCUCUGCCAUUUCAGACGAUACCAACAGCAAAGAAACUGUUCACCAAUUAGAAGAGUGCUCUCAACACUCCUCUGUGGUUCUAGCCAAUCCCAAAGACAGUAUGGCUGCCUGUGACCCUCACACCAUCGCUGGCAUCAAUCCAGAGACAACAGAUAGGAUGCGUCUCAGUAAAGGCAAGGUUAAGUAUAUCAAUCUUACCUACAAAAAGAAAGAGGCCAGGAUUUAUGAUCACAAGUGUGAUGUCAAAGUGCAUGUUGGCAAGGAAACUUUCCGUGCUCAUCGGGAUGUGCUUUCUGAGUCGAGUGAUUAUUUUGCAGCCAUGUUCUCACAUGACAUGAAGGAAAAAGAACAAGAUGUUAUAGAACUGAAGGAAAUCAGUCCGAAGGGGAUUACGGUAAUUCUUGAAUACUUUUACCAUGGUUACAUAACCGUGGAUAACACUAACAUUGAGGAUAUUAUAGAAGCUGCCCGCUUCUUCCAUGUGGAGUGGAUAUUGGAGGUGAGUUGUGAUUUUCUGGUUCAUUCCAUGAGCAUUGAAAACUAUUCUGCUGUCCUGGUUAUUACUGAUAAAUACUCCCUUGGUGAUCUGCAGUUUGAAAUCCUGACAUUUUUCAGCCAGAAUUUAGAAGAGCUUUCCAAAGAAGAUGACUUUCACAAAACUUUGAGUUAUGAACUUCUUCUACAGUUUCUUAUGGAGGAUAUCUACAUUGAGUUUUCUGAGUAUUUCCUGGUUCAGGUUCUGUUGAAGUGGUUGGCUGUAGAUCCAGCUGGACGUAGGGACCAGUUUGAAUCUCUUCUGAGGCAGAUCCGUUUCUAUCUGGUGGAGACUGAGGAGUUGGAGUCAAUGCCUGAGGAAGUGACAAAUGUUUCUGAGUUGAAGGAGGAGAUUGAGUCAGCCAUUAAUCAUAACCUUAAUAUCAUGGGACAGUGUCUCAAGUCUGGAGAAAAGUACCUCCCCAGGGGUUGUAGACGUGUUGCCACCAUUUUCUCCUUCUCGGAGGAGGGCUAUUUUAUUAUCUACCGAGAUCCAAAUAAGGCUGGUAUUACGAUGGAGCAGCUUGGACCAUGUGGACUGGACAGCACAGACUACCAGGCAAUGUCACAAGCCAAGAUUGGCAACUUCCUGUACGCUGCUGGAGGCUAUGAUCAAAACUUUUCAAGCACGGCUCGCAUGUUUCGUUUUGAUCCUCGAUUUCGUGAUUGGACAGAAGUAGCUCCAAUGAAUGAACCUCGUGUCUCCUUCUGCCUGUGCAGCUCUGAUCAACAGUUGUUUGCAGUCGGAGGUAUCCAUCGAAUUCACAUUGAUGAUGACAAUGAACCAGAGACCAUCCUUGACUCGGUAGAAAUAUACAAUCCCCAAGACAACCAGUGGACCAAUACGACCCCAUUGCCCAUCAAAGUAUUUGAUAUGUCUGCAGCUUAUUAUGAUGGCUCACUGUACGUAUGUGGGGGCAUCAGUGCUGAUCCUCACCUUCCUUGUCCUGUACCACGAACCUAUAGCCUCAAGUUAGGCAGUAAUCAGUGGGUUCAGUGUACAGACAUGAUCACUUCUCGUCAAGGUCACAGUCUCACUCCAUACAAAGACAAACUCUACGCCAUUGGAGGCUACUGCAUGCCCGACAAUAAUUUCAGGGAGUGUGUUGAGAAUGAGGUAUACGAUAUAAAAAACGACCAAUGGACACAGUUUUCCCCUGUACCAAUAGAGUUUGGACACUUGUAUCGUCAUAAUGGCAUCCUCAAUGGAGUGAUCUUUUUAAUCGGAGGAAGUACCCCGGAGGCAUCCCUGUUUAUGUAUGACAUAGAGGCUGAUAAAUGGGAGGAAGUGGAGGAAGUAGGAGCCAACGUACAGAAACUAGCUAUACUGGACGUAGCUUACCCGUUAGUCUAACUAAUGUCAUGGCAACCAAUGAAAAUCCUGGAAGACCAUCUUCAAAACUUGGAAAUCUUCAUGGGAAUGUCAGGACAAUGCUCUUAAAUAAACAAUGACAUUCUUUAUUAGCUUUAGCCUUCUCCAUAAAAAAUAUUUUUAUAUAGAGUAAAUAUUGGAAAAAUGACAGCAAAUAUAUAUGCCAGAUAUAAUUGCCAUAUGCAUACAUACUGAAUAAUAAUAUAUUCAACGUCGUUCCAGACAUUUUGUAACAAAAUGUAACAAGACUGAUGCAGACCAAGUUAUGGUUAACAUAAUCCAUGUAUAGCAACAACAGUACAAUAGAAUGACUGUGUAUCUAGUGAUUUGUGUUAUUUUGAUACAGACAUGAGACAAAAGGGCCUGGUUAAAAUUCCCAUCUCUAAUGUCUGUAUAGUAAUAAGGAUAUGUUGGUUAAUAUAAAUGGAUGUUAGAGGUUAGGUACUGGGGAGCUGAUUGGUUCUGUGAGGGCCUUUGUGGGCCUGUGUGUGGGUCUGUGUGGGCCUGUGUGUGGGCCAUGACUGUAUCUGUGGUAAUGAAUCUUGACAUAAGACAUUGAGGAUCAGGAUCAAGUCUUUGUAAGAGGGAAAUGCUCUGAUCUCGAUAGGUACUGGAGGUUGAGGUCUGUCUUGGGUCCUUGUGAGAGGAUAUGAUUAUUUUAUGACCUGUAUCCAUGGUAACAUGUCUGUCAUCUAUGAAUACUAGAGGUUGGGGUCUGUCUUGGGUCCUUCCAAGAGGGCAGGGUUAUUAUCAGAACCUGUAUUCAUGGUAACAAAUUAGACAUCUUUGGAUACAAGAGGAUGGAGAUGUGUGUUAGAUUCCUGUGAGAGGGUAAAUUUCAUGUAUGUUGUUUGUGGUUACAAAUCUGAUUAUUGAACUUACCACUUCUUUGUUGUCUUAUUGUGCAUGAAAAAUAUAUUUGAAUGUGACAGAGGUGGUUGGAUCUAAUGCCUUCUAAUUUGCCUUGUAGAGUUUUGCCUUGUUCAUCAGAUGUUAUGAGAUAGUUUUUAAUAUAUACCAGAAUUUGCAAGGCUGUUCCUGCCAAUCACAAGUGUUCUUUCAAGAACAAAGGAGUCUUAACAUUGUGAUAUUAAUUAUUGUGAUCUAACAUUUUCAUUUAUACACAGCAGCUUACAUGUUACAAUGCUUGUAACCUUAGUGUCCAUUCACAAUGGUGUUGAUUUUGAUGUCCAUGGAAAUGUUUUGAGCAUCCAUAUACAGUCUCUGAAGUCCACUCACAGGAUUGUAGAAAAGUGGCCUUAAUAGGCAGGUGGCAUGAUAUAGAGGUUCAAUUGCUGUGAUAUGUAUCAUGUUGGCACGUGAAGCAAGUGACCUUAUAGACAAAAUGUUUGUUACAUAGAUCAAAAGGUGGUCUUUGUAUACAGGAGUUUAUUUUAUAGAGCUCAUGAUGGCCUCUAUAGACAGGUAUAACUAUAAAGAGCUCAAGAUGACUUCUAUAUACAAGUGUUGACCCCUUUAUAAGUUGGCCUCUAUAGAGAGGUAUUGGUUAUAUAGAGCUCAAGAUGACUUCUAUACACAGGUGUUGGAUAUAUAGAGCUCUAGCUGGCCUCUAUAUACAGGUGUUAGUUAUAUAGAGCUCUAAUUUGACCUCCAUAGACAGGUAUUUAUUACAUAGAGCUCAUGUUGGCCUCAAUAGACAGGUGUUGGCUAUACAGAGCUCAAGUUGUCCUCUUUAGACAGGUAUUUAUUAUACAUAGCUCAAGUUGGCCUCUAUAGACAGGUAUUGGUGAUAUAGAGCUCAAGAUGGCAUCUAUAAACAGGUAUUGGUUAUACAGAGCACAAUUUGUCCUCUAUAGUGAAUAGUUAUAUAAAGAUGACCUUUAGGGAGAUUUGGCGUUAUAAUGUAUAAACCAAUAUUUACAGAAAUGUUUAAAAUAAUGUCAUUUAUAUGUUGUUUAUUUUCCAAAAACUGAAAAUAAAGUUCUGCACCAGUUUAAUUAUCAGCAUUUGCAAUACCUUUUGUUUGUUCCGAUGAUAAACUAGUCCAAAUAUUUGACCUCUAGAAUGCCAUUCUUGUUCAGUUAUGGUAGUACUAACACAGAAGUUUGAUGUAUCACCACAUGCUGUAGUUGUUAGUUUUGCUCAAUUUCCAUUAGAUAAUUUCAUGAUUUGUGAAAUAUUUUUGAAGCGUUUUAAAACUUGUGAGACGACAGACAUAUAUUUGAGAUUGUUAUUUUAUGAUGUGUAUGAUUGCUUACAACUAUAAUUAUGUACAAAUGAUUUGCUUGCUUUAGAAAAUGUAACUUUGAAUCUCGUUUGCCUUUUACUUUACAGAUGUGAUCUAUUUUAUUAAUGAUGAUCUGUGUUUACCCAUAUCAUGCUAAUGCUUUUAGUUAGUAUAAUUUUAGUAUCACAUUUUAGUUGAUUGUAGAUAACUGAUUUACAUUCCAGUAGACAUUAUCAGUUCUGUGUUUAUGUCGGAGUUGUUGACUGUUGUGAAGGGAUCAAUAUCAACACAACAUAUAGUAAAACAAGUUUAUAACUUUACAUUGUUAACAAGGUACUGCACGGAAUUUUAAAAAUAAAGUGCAGGAAAUUAAAGUGGAGAGGGAUGCCCUGACAUGCAGCGGGGGACCUUGACCUCUGAGCACUUUGAAGAAAGAACCUUGACAUUUGUAAUCAGUCUCUAAAAGAGAAGGGAAUGAAGUGUGAGGGGAAUGAAAGGGAGGGAUCUUGACUACCUAAGGAAUCGGAGGAUGGUCUUGACCUUUGACUGCUUUUGAGAAAUGAAGGCCCUUUAAACUGACCUUAACCUUUGACUCUCAGGGAACCAAUAGAGAACCUUGACCUUUAGAAAGGAAGGAAGUUUCUUAGAGCUGAAGAGGGGACCAAAAUCUUCAAGGAAUUUGAAAACGGGCCAUGACCUGGAGAACUGUAUGGGAGAGCUGUUGGUUAUCAAGCUGAUUUACUGUAUGUUCUGAUGUGACGUGUUGGUUGUGAACAGGAUCAUUCCUUUUGGUUGUCUAUCUGUGAAGCUUUGUUGUAAAUUAACAGAGUGUUGCUCUCCCUGUCAACUCCAUCUUGCCAUUGGUGCUUACCUAUAUCUAUGUUAUAAUUUCACUCUGGUAUGGUGGUGUUUUAUUUCUCCAUUUGUUUUCUAUUUAUCAUUUAGAUGUUUAAUUAAUUUACAUUGAUUUAUGCUGUGUAUUUGAAACCAUAGUCAAAUUUUGUAUUUAUGUUGCUUUACUUGUGAAUUUUAUUUUACAUGUACCCUGGUAUCACCUAAAUAGACUGUUCAGCUUUACUUGUGAAUUUUAUUUUACAUAUAUCACCUAAAUAGACUGUUCAGCUAUUCAAUGUGCCUUUGUUAUAAAUAUAGAAUGUGACAUGUGUUAGCUCUAUUGUACCACAGCCAUACACAUGAAUAUCUGGGAAAAGUUAAGUCAUAAUUAGUCCAUCUUAUAUCAUAGGAAACAAAUAUAUCCCCAUUUGAAUCAGGUAUUCUUAUAGGCUGAAAAUGGUGUCAUUGUUUGUUACACUGGUUCUGAUUGGCUACUAAUAAUUAUUUUCACAAAAGAAAAAAUGUGUCAAAGAAAGGGGAAUAACUUUUGUUGUAUACAAGCUACAAGUAGAUUACCGUAAUUAAUUUAAUAAAUUAUAAAUUAUAGACUCACUGUAUAAAAAUCUGGACUGCUCUGAUUUUUGUAAGAUUUUUUAUUCCAAAAUUGGUUUUUGUGAUUUUAUGUUGGAAAUAUUUGGAGGAAAUUAUUACAUGCUUUUCAAUGUCAUCUUAAAGUUAAUAAGAAUUAACCAAAUUUAUUGCAUUACAGGCCUUUUUCUGAAAGCUCAGUAGUUGAAAGUCAAUUUACUGAGUUCUUGGCUGCUAAAUUCUCUUCUAAAUAAAAACCCAUAUAAAAAUGACCCUCUCUAGGAUAACACUUUGUUUGAUUAUUUAUGGUGUUUGUUUAUUUUCUUCAGUAUAUAUAUUAUAUAUUGAUACAAUGUCCAGUAGAUGACUAGAUUAUAGCUUCUGAGAUCAAAUUUAAAUAAAAAUAUGUUGAUCACAUAGCUAUCCUGUAGUGUAAUGAUACCCAAUACAUUUAUCAAUGUUGUAACUAUAGUAACUACAACCUGAACAAAGGAAAAUCUAUUUUUAAAAAUAAACGAAUAAUUAUGUGAUAAAUGAAAUUUUACGUUUGUUUCCAUUUCUUUUCACACAUGAAAAAAAUGAACAAUUUUUUGAACUUUUGUCAACAUCUUUUGUGAAUGGGAACUCACGUAAAAGCCUCUAUGUAAAAGAUAUGUGCACACCAAGCACAUUUAUAUUAAUUUAUUUUAAACACAAUAUUUCAGCUUGUUUAUUGGAAUAACAUUCAUUUCAUCAUGUGACAAACACCAAUAUCAUUAAUAGGCUACAUUGCACAGUGUAUCGUGUUUGUUAUUGACAAUUUGAUAUAACUGACACCAUCACAGGACAUACAUAGGUUUCAAAACGGCGAGUCCAAAUUAUCUGACAUUUAAUCAACUUUUAUAUAUCGUUCUGGAGUAUGUGAUUAACUAUAGGCAGAAAUGUAAAAGUCGAUACAAAGUCGGAAUAAUUUAGACCAUGUUACCACAAACCACCAGUGUACAAGUGCAAUUGAUGAGAAACACAUAAAUUAACCAUGGGAUUAACGUUGGAGGCUCUGUCCUGCAAUGGACGUCACAUGUUCUCAUAUACUUUAUUUUUUUUAUAGCUUAAUUUGCUUACAAAAAUAAAAUGAUUGAUGCUUCUA